AUGGAUUUAAUGGUUUUUGUGCCUGAUUUUACAAAUAUACCAAUUAUUCAGCAUGAGCCGCGCGUGGUGCACAUUUGUGAGACGCCACCGAAAGUGGAUUUACUAAUGAAAACAAUUCCCGGAAGUUCUCUUUGGUCGAGAUUACGACGUUGGUUCCUCGGUACACGGAUAGCGUCGCGAAAGCACCUGUUCACGCAGUAUUGUCUAAAGAGCAGCCAUGCGAUUGAUUACGAAAUCAGUCGACACCUCAAGUCCCAUCCCUAUAUGAUCCAUCCCUUCAGUACCUUCAGAAUAUUUUGGGAGUCUGUGAUGACGUUGCUUAUCAUAGCGGUUCUGCUGAUUAUUCCAGUCUUCCUCGCAUUUUAUUUUGACGAGUACGAGAAAUGGUAUAUUUUCGAUUUUGCGAUCGACGCCGUAUUGAUAUGCGACAUUGUGAUCCGAUUCUUCACUGGUUAUUACGAUUCUCAAACGCAACUGGUAAAUCUGGACUGGAAGGUCGUAGCAAGCAAAUAUCUACAAGGUUUUUUUGUCGUGGACAUUUUGUCGGUACUGCCGUUGGAGUUUCUCAUCGUGCUCUUCAAAUCGUGGUGGUACUUGACGUCGUUGAACCUCCUCAAGAUAUUAUGGAUACGAAUAGUCAUCGUUUACGCACGCAGACUUUAUUACGUAUACCGAGUUAAUUUCCAUCUGUACAAGGUAACGGAGAUCAGCGUCAUCAUCGUCAUAUGCGUGCAUUGGGCCGCUUGUCUAGAGUAUUAUUUGCCGCUUGCAGUUGCCAAGAUAGUCGGGCAGAAUGAUGCAUCAUGGAUUCGAUCGCCUUAUAUGGAGAAAAGGACAACAAAAUUCGCGAUCUACUUAACGUGUAUUAACAGAGCUAUUAUCGCCCUGAUCGGAUCCACGCAUUAUUUAAAUGUCAGCACCCCAGAGGAUAUUAUAUAUAAUUUAAUUAUCUCUAUCCUCGGAGUGCUCGGAUUUAUUUAUCUGCUCGCGCGAUUCUCGCAGCUAAUGGUAACGUUCCACUCCACCCGCAAGAGGCAUUUGCAAUUAAUUCAGCAGCUGCAACAGUAUAUGAGCUACAAGGAAUUGCCGUAUUCCUUGAAGCGACGAUUGCUAUCCUACUACAAUUACCGUAACAAGAAGGGAUUUGAGAGGGACAAGAUUAUUAUCAAUCACGUAUCGCCCUAUUUGCGAGAAAAGCUUCUUCUGCACAAUUAUCAGCGACUAUUGAAAAACGUGGAGGUGUUCCGAUAUUUGCCACAAGCGGUGGUAACACAAUUGGUCGAUGCUGUGUAUUCUGAGAUUUUCAUGCCAAACGACGCGCUAGUUAAGGCCGGUACACGCGGCGAAGCUUUGUACUUCAUCGCCUCUGGCACCGUGGCCGUCUACAAUAAUACAGAGAAAGAGAUCUGCCACUUGGAAGACGGCACGUACUUUGGCGAGUUGGCCCUGCUGAUGAAGGAUGAGCGCUGGAUCGCGAGCGUCGUCGCCGCGGAGAAAUGCGUGGUCUAUAUAUUGUCGCGUGCCGAUUUUCAAUAUGCUCUGAUACCGUAUCCCGAACUCCUGGUACAUCUGCAGAACGUCGUACUGUCGCGUCCGGAGCAGACGCCACUGCUCGAGGCUCACAAGGCGAACUCGUCAACGAUGUCCGGACACAUCAACAUAAGCAGCAUAAAAGUCAAAAAGAAGGACUAGCUGGCGAAUGUUGUGGGAGUCUCGUGUCCACCGCCGGUGUCAUCGACGGCCCGAUCAAAAGCGGCGAGAUCUUCGUUUCUGUGGAUUUCUAUACGACUGCUGGUACACGGACAUAAGUCGCCAGUGCUCGGGGUAGU